AUGGAUUAUGUGAGUGGUAAUAAAAAGAUUAAUGAAUUUUUACGGCAAAAUCAAUUAAAUUCGACUGGUCCUUAUGAAGUAUUAGAAUGGAUACCUUAUGAUAAAUUUAAGAAUAUCACAUAUCUUGCAGAAGGUGGUUUUGGUACUGUUCAUAAAGCACUUUGGGUUGACGGAUAUAUUCGUUAUUUUGAUGUUAAAGAUAAUAAAUGGCAAAGACAACAAAAUUCUGAAGUACCACCCUUAGUGAAAGAAUUGAUUGAACGUUGUUUAAAAGAAGAUCCAUCAAUACGUCCUACAGCUAAUGAAUUGAAUAAUACAUUUCUGAGAUGGUAUCGAUCAAGUAAUAAAAACGAUAAUGCCGAAUUUUUAAGCAAUGCAAAGAAGCAGAUGAGCACAAUAGUUUAUAUUUCAAAUCAAAAACAAAAGCUUCAGCACAUUUACUUACAAGUAAAAGUUUAG